AUGGCUGCAGUGACGGUGGAUGGUUAUCGGACGCCAUCUUUCACGUACAAUGCAAACCAAAGCUUCCAAGACGAAGAUCUCGGACGACGCAUUUACUGUAGCAAAUACGUGAGCUCCUGGUUGCUUGAUGAAGUGGCUAUCGGUUGCCAUCUCGAGUGUCUCAAAUUCGCCUGCAAGCUGGUGCCGUGGGCCAAGUUCCGGCCAGUGUCUGACCGGGAGACAUCUUCCAUAGCGAAGGCUAGGCUCAACUACUCUGGCACCAAUUUUAAGCAGUCGCGCUUUAAAAAUAAUUUGAUUGCCAUCUAUGGGAGGCACAGUACCUCGGAGCAAGAUAUACUUGGCGGCCACAGCCCAUCUUCAACCUCUUCGUCUAGCAUUAACCAGGGCGGUGCAAUUGGAACACCGAUUUCUCGGCUGUUUGCAAACAGCGUCUACUGGUACGAUCCCACUCCUUCCGAGGAGCAGCACAGGCUUCAGGUCUUACGACAAGAGCUGGGUUGGAUACUUAGCGAGACCUUAAGUCCAAGGAGGAAACUACCCUCUGAGGUUUCCACUCAAAUUGCUGGCCACCUUAUCCAAUAUUACACUACCAUGGCAUCUCUAAUACUUCCAUACGAAGGAGAAUCUACUGUUAGUAUCUCGAAUGACAUUUGGGCAACAUAUAUACAGAUCGACGGCAGAUCGUAUAUAUCCGGCUUAUCAAACGUGCAGACUCGCGAGAGCAUGGAACUAAUUCUACAAGCCGGCAGCCGACAUGAAGAAGACACUCUUUACAUCUUGGGAGAUCAUAUAGGAAUCCAUGAAAUUCAUUUCUCCAUUGGCUUUUCCGAAGCAUUCAAACCAACUAGGGUUUCCUCAUGGUGGCGUGUCCUUCCCCUAGACCCCAUCCAGGAUAAGCUCAGCUUUUUCUCAGACACCGCUUCUUCAGGGAACUAA